AUGCGCGCUCAUACUUGGGUGGCAGUUUGGGCCAAUCACCGUGCGGUUCUUCCGUUAAUCGGAAGAUGGACCGUGUAUAUAUAUACUUCAGGCGGGCACAGUGCCAAAAUUCUAAGCGAAAUUUUUCCCGACUCGAUACAGCGGCGCGGUAGUGGAAUAGAUAAAGAUAUUUAUCUCACAGUUACAUUAAUUGACAAGGAUUUAGUAAAGCAUGAAAUAGGACACCCAGACUUGUAG